UCUUCAGCAUUCAGUGACCAAAGGCGCCAUAUUGACGAGUAACACGCUUUCCGGAAAACCCUUAAAAACGUCACAUUUGCCAAAAUGCUGUACUUGGAGGACUACCUGGAAAUGAUCGAGCAGCUACCCAUGGAUCUCCGCGACAGGUUUACGGAAAUGCGAGAGAUGGACCUGCAAGUCCAGAAUGCUAUGGACCAGCUGGAACAGAGAGUUAAUGAGUUCUUUGUGAACGCUAAGAAAAACAAACCAGAAUGGAGGGAAGAGCAGAUGGAGGUUAUUAAGAAGGAUUAUUAUAAGGCUUUGGAAGAUGCAGAUGAAAAAGUCCAAUUAGCCAAUCAAAUUUAUGAUCUGGUGGACAGACAUUUGAGGAAACUGGAUCAAGAACUAGCAAAGUUCAAAAUGGAGCUGGAGGCAGACAAUGCGGGCAUUACAGAGAUUUUAGAGAGACGAUCAUUGGAAAUGGACAGCCCCUCUCAACCUGUCAAUAAUCACCAUGUCCACUCACACACCACUGUUGAAAAGAGGAAGUAUAACACGCCGUCCCACCACACCACUGAGCAUGUGCCAGAGAAAAAGUUCAAAUCUGAAGCGCUUCUCUCUACCCUCACAUCAGAUGCCUCUAAAGAAAACACGCCAGGCUGCAGGGUGAACAGCACCACCUCGUCCUCCAACAGCGUGUACAACGUGAACUCCUCCCAGUCUGUCUCAUCCUACAGCCUGACUUCUCUGCCAGCAGGCCCAGCGGCCGGUGCAGGGGCCAUCACCAUGGCAGCGGCCCAGGCGGUUCAGGCCACAGCACAGAUGAAAGAGGGGAGACGGACAUCCAGUCUCAAGGCGAGCUAUGAGGCCAUUAAGAACAGUGAUUUCCUCAGUCGGGAUUUUCCCCUGAGCAGAGACCCCUCCAGCUGCUACUCCUCCUCCGCACUGGCCUCCACCCUUACCCAGACACUCACACCCAGCAACAGCUCAGACUCACGUGCUGGGCGCAAGAGCAAAGGCAACACCAAGUCUUCCAAUCACCAGUCCUCUUCGUCGUCAUCCUCUUCCUCGCUGUCAUCGUGCUCCUCUUCCUCGGCUCUGGCUCACGAGCUGGUCCAGCAGGCGGCGGUGCUGCCGGAGAGCGAUGGCAGUGGGCAGGUGGACUGGACAUACGACCCCAACGAGCCGCGCUACUGCAUCUGCAACCAGGUGUCUUAUGGCGAGAUGGUUGGGUGUGAUAACCAGGAUUGCCCAAUCGAGUGGUUCCACUAUGGCUGUGUGGGUUUGACAGAGGCACCUAAAGGGAAGUGGUACUGCCCACAGUGCACAGCAGCCAUGAAGCGCAGAGGAAGCAGGCAUAAAUAGGCGACCCUUGCACACAAAGUCCCGCCCCUGCACACAAAGUCCUGCCCCUAUUCUGUUCUUUUUUCCCCCUCAACCAAUGUGAUCUCCAGUUACAGCCAGACUGUCAUGGUAUGUGAGAGUGGUAAAUUUGAGUGAGUGAGAGUCUGUGUGAUAACCUGGACGGCCUUAGGUCUUCGUUUCCCCUCUUCAUUGAGUCCUCUUCGGUGGGCGUAGGCGGACUGCGCACAAGACACUGACAUUCCUCAGCUUCCACAUGUCACCGAGGCGAGGGAUGGGCGCAGGCUCGACGAUGCAUCACUGCGGCGUACUCCUGUUUAUCCAUGUUCACGGAGGCGAGUGACACACUGGGAAGCGUUGUACUGGUUGCGUUGUUGUACUCCAAACCGCAGACAUUUAAAACUGCUUUGGAGGAGAGUUUCCGACGGAGGUGAUGACAAGGGUGGUUUUGAUUGAUUUAUUGAUGAUGACCAUCUUGGUGUUCUUUAGUAAGUUUCCAAAGCUAAUUCUAUGGAUAAUACUGCACUGUAAAUAUUAAUGCUUUCUGCUCACACACACUUGAAGAGCUUGGUAACAGAUUUCGGUGGGGUGUGUUAAAGCAGCGGCAUCACUGAAAAAUACAGUGAAGGAGUCCACUAGGAUCAGGAACAGGAAUCAUGUCAGUAGACUGUUAACAUUUGCUUUACUUGGUAAAGAGCCUUUUUGUAAGACAGGAAGAGGGGCAGCUCAUGGAUUGUGUGCUUAUCUGCACAAGUGCACUGUCGUAAAUGUAUGUGUUUUCUUGUUGUAAUACCUACAUAAAAUGUGAUUUUCAGUAAAAGACUGAGUGCACAAGCCAGGGGUUUUCUUUGGUCCCUUAACACCUACACAAGUCUACCAACAUCACAUACUUACUUGCUCACCACCUUUUAAAACUCAACGUGAAAGUUGCAUAAAUGCAGGUAAGCACAAAUGCUGAGUGCAUGUUACCCAGGGUCCUGUCUUUAGUUUAAGCAAGGAGCUCUAUGGUGUACUAUAGAAAGAACAAAGUAUUAAUUGAGGCCCUGUGUAUGUAAGUGUGUAGAGUAUGCGUGUCUGUGUCUUUAGCCUGUACUGCACUGAAAUGCUGAUUCAAAGUUUCCAGAGAUGUAGGGGGAAAAAUAAAUAAAACGAUCAACAGUUUUUGGUA